CGACACGAUGUCGACAUUUAACUCGUAUUUCAGGGCCAUCAUGUCCGUUAGGCGUCAGGAUGAGUACACGUAUGAUUUCUGCGAUGCCGCCCACCCCUACGAGGUUCUUGAUGCGCUCCAAGGGUUCUACACGCAGGGCUUGUUCACCGAUAUCGCUCUUCAGGGCUCUGCGGGCAUAGUCCUCCACUGCCACAAAGUGGCGCUGUGCGCCCGUAGCUCCUACUUCAGAGUCAUGUUCACAGCGGAUAUGAUGGAGAAAACCAACAGUCUGAUAAAACUACCAGGGGUGAAUGAUGAGGUGCUAUCCGUCCUGGUAGACUUCACCUACUCCUCUCACCUUAGGAUCACGCAGGGGAACGUAGAGAGCCUGCUGGAAGGUGCUGACCUGCUCAACUUCCUGUCUGUGAAGCGUGCCUGUGAGGACUUCCUGGUUCGUCUGCUGGAUGCGUCCAACUGCCUGGGCAUGCUGGCCUUCUCCCAGCGGCACGUUUGCCCGGCCCUUGAGCGAGAGUGCCGCCGCGUUCUCCUCAGUCGCUUUCAGGAAGUGACCCAGGAUGAGGAGUUUCUGGAUCUGGAGUUUGACAGGCUGAGCUGGGUGCUGGGGGCGGAGUCUCUGGGAGUGGUGACCGAGGAGGACCUUGUGGGAGCCGUGGCGAGGUGGGUGAGCCACGAUGUCAGCGAGCGCCUGGACAACUUACCAUCUCUGCUGAGCUCUCUUGGCCUGGAGCUGGACAUGGAGCUGGGGCGGACAACAAGCAGAGCUCCCUUGGAGCCGGAUCUGAGAACAAACGGGGACAGCCAGCAUGCUAACUCAGAGGGUGGCCUCCUUGGUAUGUUCACCCUGGCCCUGAAGCCUUUGGCUGGGCAUGGGAGACCGACGAGCCCCUCUUUCCACUGUCGGAAGUUCUCUCCGAGGAUGGUGAUUGUGGGGGGGUACCACUGGCACCCCUUGCCUGAGGUGGAACAGGGGGACCCGAGGAUGGGAGUGUGGGAGCAGGGGGCGUGCAUCCCGGGGUCAGGCAGGGAGAGCUACGGGGUGUGUCUCCUGGGAGGGCUGGUGUAUGUCAGCGGGGGGUACAGCACAGACACCAUCGACGCACUGGACUCUGUCUGGGUAUAUGACUGUGAGAGGGCCCGCUGGCGUGUGGGCGUGGCCAUGCUGGGGGCCCGCUUCUCCCACUGUUCCGUGGUGCUGCAGGGGUGUGUGUACUGCAUCGGGGGCUAUCGAGGAGGGGAGGCUACGGCCCGCACGGAGCACUACGACCCCCUGAAGAGGAGGUGGCAGGCCUCGGCCGACAUGGUGCAGGGUGUGGGCAACGCCACAGGCGCUGUCCUCGGAGACAGCAUUUACGUGGCCAGCGGUCGCUACGGUUACCAGGGAAGCUGCACGUACGACAAGAUCCAGACCUACCGUGCCGACCUCGACGAGUGGAGCGUGCUCACCACCUGUCCCCGGCCAGGUUAUGGAAUGAGUCUAGUGUCCCUGGGUUCUCUGCUGUACCUGGUGGGGGGGCAUACCACCCAGACAGACAGCUACGACCCCCAGACUGGGGCCUGGAGGCAGCUGGCCCGGGCCCUGGAGGGGAGGCUGGAGGCCGGGGCUGUGGUUCUGGGGGGCUGGAUCUACCUGACGGGGGGCUACUCCUGCUCCCGGGGGGACUACCUGCGCAGCGUGGAGAGGUACCACCCUCAGAAAGACUUCUGGGAAGAGGUGGGGAACCUGCCUCAGCCCAGCCGAUCCCAUGGCUGCCUCUGCCUCUACACUGACUAGGUGUGUGUGUGACAGUGAUGGAACGAGAAAAAGAAGUAGACAGAUAAUAUACCAAAAGGAAACUAGAUGAGCGAAGGUGACCAAAGGCACCCUUAGCCUUUACUCGGAGUACUGUUUACUUGUAAUAGACUUGACACUUAACCCUCUACCCUGCGUAUGAAAUGCUACAUGAUUUGUAACCAUGGACACUGACGAAAUGGUUCCAUAUCCUUUAAAGAUCAGCUAGAACCAUCUUGAGUUCCAAACAGAGUUCUGAAUGGAUGCUUUUUCAGAUGUUUUUUCUAUUUUAACAGGUUGUGUAUGGCAGCAUUAUUGUUUGUGUGUAUUAUUGGUCGAACCAUUCACCAACCUUUCUUGGGUUAUGGUACUGAAGGUUAGCUGUUUGUGUUGUUGUUGUGAAAAGCUCAUUUGUUUGUUUUUAAAGUGACACAAUGUAUCUUCUAUUUAUUUAAAAUAAAAAUAUUCCUUCAA